UGUUUCCUAUCCCAUCUGUGUGUCUGCCCGAUCCUGUCAUCCCAACAGCACCUCUCACGUGGCAGAUGGGUUGCAGCGUUGGCGCAUGCUGCCCCUGCCACCCACCGGAUGCUCCCCCUCCAACUCCUCCGCCUCCUCCUCUUCCUCCUCCUCACUUGCCGAUCACCAAGUCUCACAAGAGCGACCCGCCAACUCCCCAUCCUUAGGAUCACAUACGCGUGCAUCCCCUAGCACAUCCACACAGCAACCCAACGGUGCAGGCAGUCCAGCAGAGGGGUAUGCUGCUGAUGGGGACUCUGACUCGCCACUUGAUCGACCAGCCACAACGGAGGUGGGAGUAGCAGCCAUGCAGCUGCCUUCAUGGAUGGACACUGGCUUACCGCAUGAUGUCUCGUAG